GAGGAAGGCGCCAGAACCACUGAGCUAAAUUCCUGGCCCUUGACAGCUUUUUAGACAGAGGGAAGAAGGUAGCAGAGCCCUCUCUCUGAGGACCUUGUAUUGGAACAGGAUCUCCCAAGUUGAGCUGCUCUGAAGCCUCGGGCUCAGAGCCAGCCUGGGAAAGCCAAUCUCUCAGAGGGCGUGGCUCCAAAAUACCCACUAAUAAAAGCCUGGAGAGCUGCAGCCUGAAAUCUGGAGGCCAGCAGGAGGCACUGGGAGCCUGCCAGCCUCUCUGGUUGCUGGCUGGCGGACUGAUGCCCAUGGCAUCCCCUGCAGCCCUGCUCCUCUGCAUGCUGGUCCUGGCAGUCACUGAAGGCGGGGGCCAGGAGGCAGCCACCCCAGGCUGCCAUUUGCAUUCUUUCAAUGUGACAGUGCGAAGUGACCCCCAAGGCACCUGCCAGGGCUCCCAUGUGGCACAGGCCUGCGUGGGCCACUGUGAGUCCAGUGCAUUCCCCUCUCGGUACUCUGUACUGGUGGCCAGCAGCUAUCGGCACAACAUCACCUCUGUCUCUCAGUGCUGCACCAUCCGUGGUCUGAAGAAGAUGAAGGUGCAGCUGCAGUGUGCAGGGAACCGGAGCGGGGAGCUGGAGAUCUUCACAGCUAGGGCCUGCCAGUGUGACAUGUGUCGCCUUUCACGGUAUUAGUCACUGGAAGGAGUUCUAGUCCUGCUGUCCACUUGCCAUGGGAUUGUUUAAAUGAGGAGCUGCUCCAGCUCUGACCCUCUGAGUAGUUUGCGAUGGCCACCUCCUCAGAAGAGGGGUUCCUGCCUCUUCCUCAUCUCUGCUGAACCCUUCUAUCCAGCCUCUCAUCCCUUCCCUUCCUUCUUUGUCCCUGCCCCUAAAUAAAGAAAGCAAUUCUUGA